CAAACGCAAACCGCCGAACUGUCAGUUCGUCCGCGUUCACUCGCAAGACCGUACAAGACUAAGAUCAUCCAAAUCCCACGGAUAAAAAGUUAUUUAUUUUACUGGAGCUGAUAACAGGUGGUUGCUUCGGAUUGAAAUCUGAUCUUGACUAACCGGGAAAGGAUCUGAGAGUGUUGGCCAAUCCAGAAGAAAAAUGUCUUCUGUAAAGGAUCAAUUAUUGCGCACUGUCACGCAGCCAGUUGCGACUGGCAAGAAUAAAAUCACGGUUGUUGGCGUUGGCCAGGUUGGGAUGGCCUGUGCAUUCAGCAUAUUAACGAGCCACGUAUCUAACGAUGUCGUUUUAAUAGACGUGAUGGCUAAUAAGUUAAAAGGUGAAAUGAUGGAUCUCCAACACGGAAGUUCAUUUCUAAAAAAUGCUAAAAUAAAUUCAAGCACAGACUACGCAGCAACUGCAAAUUCGAUCCUUUGCGUCGUUACAGCUGGUGCUCGCCAACAUGAAGAUGAAACUCGUUUGGAUCUGGUUCAAAGGAACACUGAUAUUUUUAAAGGAAUAAUUCCCCAGCUAGUGAAAUACAGUCCAAACACAAUUCUUUUGAUUGUUUCAAAUCCAGUAGAUAUACUGACUUAUGUAGCUUGGAAGCUCUCUGGAUUGUCUAAAAAUCGAGUUAUUGGAAGCGGCACUAAUUUAGAUUCUGCACGAUUCAGAUUUCUACUCUCUCAGCGAUUAAACAUUGCACCUACUUCCUGCCAUGGAUGGGUUAUUGGAGAGCACGGUGAUACAAGUGUUCCCGUUUGGUCUGGAGUUAACAUUGCUGGGGUUAGACUGCGUGAUUUGAAUGCAAAUAUCGGAACGGAAAAAGAUGAAGAAAAGUGGAACGAACUUCACAAACAGGUGGUUGACAGUGCAUACGAAGUGAUCAAACUUAAAGGUUACACUUCCUGGGCUAUUGGUCUCAGCAUUUCAAAUCUCGCUUCGUCCAUUCUGAGGAAUACGAAUCAAGUUCAUGCUGUAUCUACCAUGAUUAAGGGACUUCACGGAAUUCAGGAGGAAGUAUUCCUUUCAUUGCCCUCUACCUUGGGUGAAGAUGGUGUCACUCACAUUGUUCAGCAAAAGUUGACAGACGCAGAGACUAAACUUCUUCACAAAUCUGCAAAGGCCAUGCAAGACGUACAGCAGAAUCUGAAAUUCUAAUUAUAGAUUACUUUAGAUAACUGAAUGUAAAUGUUUUGCAUUGUUGAAAAUCUAUUUAAGUGUACAUUCAAGUAGAUAAUGGCAUCUAAUUGUCAGUGGUGCAGUAUUAUAAAAUAGCGUGUCUACUGCAAUGUAUGUAUUAACAAUUCAUAUACAUUUUUAUGUUGAAAAAA